CUUGUGCAAUCACAGCUAUCAACAACAACCUUUCGAAAGCCUACUUAGCUAACCGCCGAAGAAGUAGAAGUGUUAUUCUCGCUAUAGGCCCGAACGAUUUGGUGUUGUCCCUCCAGUCGUGAAAACUCUGGUUCGCUGAGAAGGCAUUGAGCACUAGGUAUUGCAAGGAGCGUCUCUCUUCUCUGUUCAGCGACAAUGCUUCGUCCUCACUGAGCUUUGGCAUGUUUAGAUUGGUCUCGAGUUUGCCCGCGGGGUGUGUGAACUGUCAUUGGACCUUCGUCGUCGCUUUGUCCUGCGUUACGUCUUAGGUGCUUUUCCGGUGCCUUCCCCGCAGCUAGCUACUGAUGGCCAUUCAUCGCUUGCUGGCGUCAUUGGUAAUAGUAGCGGUCGGUCCAGUACCCUCUAUAAAUCCGUCAAUGCCAGUUUCUCUUCAAUCACUGUUACGCAUCACAGACACAUGCACAAUGAGGUCAACCGUCUACGAAAGAUUCUCGAGUGACGAGGUUACGGACAAGAUGCUCGAGGAAGCAUCAGAGCUCUUCUCCGAACACUAUGGAGUUUGGGCCAAGCAAGCGGAGCAGGUAGAGGGGCCGCAUGGUAAAGCCGGUGAGCACGUUCGACUCAGCAAAGAAAGGCUUCGCAAGGAGCACUUACCGGGUGACACGUCGUUGUAUGUGAGAGUCACCGUCGACGGUCGUCUUGCUGGCAAUGCUCUGGCCGCUCGCUGGACUGCGAACGGUCGGCGUAUCUGCUGGGUCUCCCAAUUGGUCAUUCACCGUGAUUACCGUGGAUUUGGUCUUGCGACUGGACUCCUCAAACAGCUCAAGGUGGACGGCGAUGAUGUCUACGGCAUUGCAAGCUGUCAUCCCGCUCAUAUUUUGGCUUUCGCAAAAGCGUUCGGAAGUUGCAUUCAUACCGUCUCGCUGGAUUUCAUCAAGCAAAAUGCGGCGUCGAUAAUGAAAACUUCGCCAGUGGAGUAUAUCCGAGAUGCUAAAUUACGUGGCAGCCUCUUUGAUCCCUCAGAUAAAACUGGACUCGUGUCUGGCAUUGAUACCAGGUUCUUUGUUGAUCAUAAAGAGCCACUUGAAGCGCUGGCAUGGGUGAAGAAGAAUAGGGAGUGGCCUUUGGGUGAAAUGCUUGAGGGGGACGAGUUCCUGCUGAUUGUUGAAGCCACGCGGCCCCAGGCGUCGAGAUGA